UAUGCCACAAAAUUUCUCAUAAAUUAGAGAGAUUUUUAUUUUUUAAAAUUAUUUUUAGCCGGAUCCCCGCACACGUAUCCGUACUAGAAUCCAUAUCCCCGAAUCUUAAAAUUUACAUCUUGAAAGAUCCGACCUCUAGAUCCGCACCCGUGUCGGACACCCGCAUCCGUGUCCGAGCAACUUAGGUGGAAGCAUGAAUGGAUCAAAGUUGACUCUCUUGAAGCAAGCAGUGUGCUUUGUGAUAGAUAACUUGGGGCCUUCCGACCUGCUAGCUAUUGUUACUUUCUCAUCAAGAGCUCAAAGAAACUUUCCCUUGCGAAGGAUGACUGAACAAGGGCGUCAAGAAGCUGCACUAGCUAUCAAUGGUAUUUCAGCAAAUGGUGGGACAAAUAUUGUGGAAGGACUCAAGAUUGGGGCUCGUGUUCUUGAAGAAAGGCUUGAAAAGAAUCCAGUCGCGAGUAUCAUUCUCUUGUCUGAUGGGAGAGACACCUAUAACAGUGAUAAUGUGAAUCGACGCAAUAGCAAUAGAAAUCAUAGAUCCUCAAAUCCAACAUUGAUCCCUGAUUAUUUGAGUCUAUUGCCUUCUUCCAUUCGUCCUUGCAAUAGAGAAGUGCCAGAGGCAGAGGAUUUGUCAACUUUCCCUGUUCAUACGUUCGGGUUUGGUCCAGACCAUGAUUCUUCUGCUAUGCAUGCUAUAUCUGAUGCAUCAGGGGGCACAUUUUCAUUCAUUGAAUCUGUUAUUACUGUUCAAGAUGCAUUUGCAAUGUGUAUUGGUGGUCUCCUCAGUGUUGUAGUCCAGGAGCUUCAACUUAGCUGCACAGCAGCAUCACCUGGAGUGAAGAUUGUGUCCAUUCCUUCAGGAAGAUAUGCAAGUGAAAUUUCCGAACAAGGACAGCAAGGCAUAAUUAACAUCGGGGACUUGUAUGCAGAUGAGGAGAAAGAGUUUCUCGUAUACUUGUCUAUUCCCUCAGUUAAAACUGCUCAAGUUGAGGACAUGGUGGAAACAUCACUCUUGCAAAUUGUUUGUUCUUACAAAAAUACUGUGUCCAACGAAAUGGUCAGAGUGGAGGCUAAGACAGUUAAGAUACGUCGACCUCAAAUGCUGUCUCCUACAGAUGUAGUAGUAAGCCUGGAGGUUGAUAGGCAGAUAAACCGCCUAGCAGUAGAGGAAACGAUAGCAGAGGCACAAGAGAUGGCAGAGAGGGGAAAUCUUGAGGGUGCACAGGCUCUGCUAAAUAACAGAAGGUCUUGCCUUUUGUCUUCAGCAUCUGCCCAAGCAGGUGAUGGUCUGUGUAACAGGCUUGACGCUGAACUGACUGAAAUCACAGAGAGGAUGGCAAGUGAAGAACUCUACGAGCAAAUGGGAUGAGCUUAUAUGCUCUCUGGUUUAAGCACACAUUUUUGGCAGAGAUCCACAACUAGGGGUGAUACAACUAUACAGCUAAUACUACUAGGUGAGAGCUCAAACAAUACAGGUGCCGUUGGCUAUGAAACUCCAAGUAUGUUAAGCAUGGUCUCAAAGUCACAGAGCUUAACUAUUAGUAAUCCUCUUUGAACAAGUUCUGGAUAAAGAUUGCUAACUUCAUUAGUUCUCAGGUUGAUAGGUAAAAUAGAACAUGUUUAGUGACAAAAUUCUGUGGAAUUUAACUCUAGCAAUGCCGCCUUUUCCCUGUCCCCCCGUUGG